GCGAUGUCGAGCAGCAGCAGCAGAAACACGUUCAAGAUGAACCUGAACGAGUACAUGGUGACUCUCGAGAAGCCGCUCGGAAUCCGCUUCGCGCUCUCCGUCGACGGCAAAAUCUUCGUCCACGCUCUCAAGAAAGGGGGGAAUGCGGAGAAGUCCAGGAUAGUAAUGGUGGGCGACACGUUGAAAAAAGGCCGGUAAUUCUUCCGACGAGAGGCUCACGGAGACCAAGGACUUCGGUGAUACACUUCUUUGGUUUCUUCAGGAAGAUGCUGAAGGAGAAGACAGGAUCUUAUAGUCUUGUACUUGAGAGGCCAUUUUCUCCCUUUCCAAUUCAACAGCUGCUUCUUAUGAAUGAUCUUGAUAAUCUAUUCAAUAGAGGUCGAAUUCCUCUUGCAACUUGGAACAACAGUGUAUUGGCUUCAAAUUUGCAAUCAUCUGCUGGAAGUAGUGGCAGUUCUGGUUUUGUCAUGUUCUCAUCAAAGUUUCUAAAACCCCAAGGAUGGAAUUCCCUGAGUGGAAAUGGUCUUGCUCAACCAUCAGUGCAGAGGAACACUACUGCCAAACCCAUAAGCCAAGUGGUUUGUAUUCUGUCAGAAGACGAGCCUGGAGAUGGAGAAUGGGCUUAUGGAAAAUUUCCACUAGAAGAAUAUAUUAAAGCACUGGACCGCUCGAAAGGCGAGUUAUACUAUGAUCACUCACUUGGUAUGCGCUACAGUAAGAUAACAGAGCAAAUAUAUGUUGGGUCAUGUAUACAAACAGAAGAUGAUGUAGAGGCAUUGUCAGAUACUACGGGAAUUACUGCUAUACUAAAUUUCCAAACUGGAACCGAGACACAAAAUUGGGGAAUUAAUUCCAAUUCCAUAAAUGAGUCAUGUCAGAAGUUUGAUAUCCUGAUGAUCAAUUAUCCAAUAAGGGACGGAGAUUCUUUUGACUUGAGGAAGAAACUACCUUUUUGUGUGGGUUUAUUAUUACGGCUAUUGAAAAAGAAUCAUCGUGUUUAUGUCACUUGUACCAGUGGUUUUGAUCGAUCUCCUACUUGUGUGAUAGCCUACUUGCAAUGGAUGACUGAUACUUCUCUUCAUGCAGCGUAUAAUUUUGUUACUGGGUUGCAUUUAUGUAGGCCAGACAGACCGGCAAUUGCUUGGGCAACAUGGGAUCUAAUAGCCAUGGUGGAAAAUGGCAAACAUGAUGGACCUGCAACACAUGCUGUGACAUUUGUAUGGAAUGGACAAGUGGGGGAAAGUGUAGAUUUGGUUGGAGAUUUCACGAAUAGUUGGAGUGAACCAGUUCGGGUGAAUCACAAAGGUGGAUCGCGAUUUGAAGGGGAAGUUAGACUUUCACAAGGAAAGUAUUACUACAAGUUCAUUGUCAAUGGGCAAUGGAGACAUUCAACAUCCUCCCCAUCUGAAAGGGAUAACAGCGGGAACAUCAACAAUGUAAUCGUAAUCGGUGAUACAGCCAGUGUGAGACCCUCUGUUCAACAACAGCAAAGAGACGCGAACAUUAUCAAGGUGAUUGAGAGACCGUUGACAGAAAAUGAGCGCUUCAUGCUGGCGAAAGCAGCUCGUUGUGUUGCAUUUUCUAUAUGCCCCAUAAGACUGGCUCCAAAGUAAGGUGGCCUUUCGUCGGAACCACGAUUAUACAUCUUUUGAGACUAGAAAGUACCCUGCCAAUAGUCCUAAUAAGAAUGUACUCCUAUAAAUGUAAGUUCUGAGGUUUUUUGACAAUGACAUUUGAUGGGUCUGUACAACAAAAUUAGCCGAGUUGUUUGUUGCAGAAAAGCCAUGUAGGACAGAUGUUAUAACGAUGUCAACACUAUGUUAGAAAUGUCGACAUGUUAAACAAUCACUUCAUUUCC